UGCGCACGUCAAACUUUUGACUCGAUGUGGAUUUGUUUCCAGUUUGUGUUUUUGUUUGUUGUUGGAUUGUAUGUUUUUUCGUGAGUCAUUAUAACAUUCCGGGUUGGCCGCAACAGUUGUGCAGACCGAUCAGUGGAUUAAUAUCUUCGCGGUGAGAUAAGCUUCUUGAUAGAUCAUGGCGUCCAGCGAACAACCAGUCACUGCAUCUAACGGUGUUUCUGAGGAUCCUGUGGUAAAUGGAGGAGGUGAUCAAGUCGACCCUCCAACACCAUGGCUGCAGUAUCUUGUUGACAGUAUUCAAAGGAGACCACCACCAUCAUCUGCUCAGAUGCCUGUUGAGAAGAAUGCUGUUUAUUAUAACAUGAACCACAAAGAGCGUGGUCUUGCAUUGAUCUUCAACCAUGAGCGUUUUGAGCCUCGUCUCAACCUAAAGCCCCGCUCUGGCACGGAACAUGACUGCAAGAACUUAGAAAAUAGCUUGAAAAACCUUGGUUUUGAAGUUCAUGUGUACUCUGACCUUACAAAUACUGAACUCAUGGAAAUCAUUAACCGAGCUGCUGACGACAACCAUAAAGCGAGAGACUGUUUCAUUGUGGCAGUGCUCUCGCAUGGAGAGCAUGGGAUCCUGUAUGCCAGGGAUUCAGUCUACAAGCCUGAAAACCUGUGGACGCCUUUUGCAGCGGACAAGUGUCCCACUCUAGCUGGGAAACCCAAAAUGUUUUUCAUUCAGGCUUGUCAAGGUGACAAAUUAGAUGCAGGUGUUACUAUGCUGCGGGCUACAGAGACUGAUAGUGGUAGUCACUCUUACAAAAUUCCAGUUCAUUCAGAUUUUCUUAUUGCAUACUCUACAAUUCCUGGAUAUUACUCAUGGAGGAAUACAUCUAAAGGGUCAUGGUUUAUGCAAGCUCUUUGUCAAGAGUUGAAUGAUAAUGGUUUUGUGCUAGAUCUUCUCACAAUACUGACUUUUGUGAAUCAAAGGGUUGCAAUUGACUAUGAGUCAAAUACUCCAGAUAAUGCAACUAUGCAUCAGCAAAAGCAAAUUCCAUGUAUUACAUACAUGUUGACAAGACUGGUAAAAUUUACUCGCAAACCACAUCAUUAAAUUUGAUUUUCACCUAUUGGCCAAUUUUUUAAAAGAGAAUUUUGUACUUGAUUGUAAACCUAUUAUCAGUGGUAUUUCUUUUUACACCAUAUGCAUUUACUUUUCAUACUAAUGUGUGUUAAUGUUCUUUUAGUUUCAUUUUCCAUAAUAAUAUAGAACUGUCAGUGUCGACUAUGGGGCAUUUUGACCAACAGUCAACAGUGAAUUUCAUGUUUCUAGGGUUUGAGAAAAAUCAGUGUGAUUACUUCAAUCAUGAAAAGACUUUAAAAAGCACCAAGUAGUUCCUUUUCCUGCCUUGUGAACAAAUCUUUCAGUAUUGUAAUUUUUCUAUCUUAAAUAUUUUUUCUGACGUGAGAGAUUUGUUGUAUUGGGAGAGCGGUGUUGUAUUUUGAUAGAACAAUUUUGCAUCCUGUGCUUGGGCAUGUCUCAGUUAUGAGGUGUACUUAUGUCAUGGUUGCCUUGUGAUAUUGAUGUAUUUUUAUUUGGUGUGGCUCACUGCUUUCAAAGUAUGUAAACGUUGUGAACUCAACGCCGGUGGCAUUUACUAGGAGCAUUUUUUCAAGUUUGUAAAACCUUUUUUUUUUUUUUUAAGAGAGAAGUUUUGAUCUCGUCGGGACCCAGCUGUCAUGUCAGCUGGUCGUGGUUUUGUAUUCUUGAGGCUCUUAUUUCAAUAAAAGUGCAAUUUAAUUUA